AUGCGUUUCUCCAUCAUCUCCAUCUUCUGCCUCGCGACUGCGGCCCUUGCGCAGGACGACGCGCCGACUACCACCAUCGACAUUGGCAAGCUGCCUUCGCAGCUCUCCCAACUCGCCGCGCUCCUCCCAACCCUGCCCCCCAACUGGGAACUCCCCGAGCGCUUCAGCAGCCUGCAAAGCGCGCUCCCCACUCCACCCCCGGGCAUCGCCAAGGACGUCCUCGCCGCAAUUCCCACGUCCGUCCUGCGCGGCCUUGUGAACCCGGCCUCGCGCAGCGCGCUACAGGCCCAGGUCGCCAGCGACGGGCCACCGCAGUGGUACCAGGACCUGCCGACCAGCGUGAAAGAUUACUUUGCGCUGUUUGCGACGCAGAUUGCCGAUCGCAGUAUUACGUACAACCCGGAGGCGGCUGUUGCGACUAAUGGGAGUAUUGAGGCGAGUACUGGGGAUGAUGAUGGCGAGGGUGGCGAGGCGUGGGAUUUGAACGAGGUUGUGCAGGAUGAGGAUGAGUCCGGGGCGAUGGUGGCGUUUGAGCGCAAGGCGGUUAGCAGUAGUUUGCUUGUUGCGUUGGGGAUUUUGGGGGUUGCUGUUGCGCUCUAG